AUGGAGAAGGCAAUGAACGUAGAAAAAGAAGAAAGUGCUAGAAAAAACUUCAAUGGUUUGGUAGUAUCAGGAAAUGGAUCUUGGAGAAAACGAGGAUUUUCUUCGUUGUUCGGUUUGGUGUCUUUAAUCGGAUGGAGUACUGGAAAAGUUAUUGAUAUAAUUACAAAAUCUAGUUACUGCAAGGCUUGUGAAUCUUGGGCAAAAAGAUGUGAUACUGCAGAGUAUUCUGAGUGGCUCGAAAAUUAUAAAAAUAAUUGUCAAGCAAACCACACAGGCUCCGCUGGUAAAAUGGAAGUAGACGCAGUAAUUGAAAUGUUUCGUUGCUCUGAAAGUUUAUAUGACGUAAAAUACGGCAGUUACAUUGGAGACGGCGAUUCUAAAACUUUUUCUGGUCUAUUAAAAUCUGAGCCAUAUGACAAUUUGAUAGUACAGAAGAAAGAGUGCAUCGACCACGUGCAAAAAAGGAUGGGCACUCGGUUGAGAAAUUUAAAAAAGAAAGUACCUGGUCUCGGCGGAAAAGGAAAAUUAACCAACAAACUAAUCGAUGAACUUGCAAUAUACUAUGGCUUGGCUAUUCGCAGAAAUCAUGAGUCGAUCGAGAAAAUGAAAAAUGAAAUUUGGGCGACGUUAUUUCAUAAAAUAUCGACAAACGAAAAACCUCAACACGACAAGUGCCCAGCCGGCGAAAAUUCCUGGUGUUCGUGGCAAAAAGCAAAAGCCACUAACACAUUAGAUCAUUUUUCUCAUAAGGCAGCUCUUUCGGAAGAAGUUUUAAACGCCCUGAAGCCGAUCUACGAGGAGUUAAAUAGUGACGACCUUUUAAAUCGAUGCAUAGGUGGCUUCACUCAGAACAGCAAUGGAAGCUUCAAUGCUACAGUUUGGUCGAUGGCCCCAAAGUCUAAAUCAAGUGGAAAAAUCGUGUUGGAUAUUACUGUAAAUCUUGCCAUCCCUGCAUUUAACGACGGUAUUAGCAGCCUAAUGAAAGUUAUAAAAGCUUUAGACAUGACUAUUGGAAGAAAUUGUUACAAUUUCUGCGUCGAGACAGACCAACAUCGUGUUUAUUUAUUGGACCGAUCUUUGACUGAGGCUGCAAAACAAGCUCGAAUUGCUUCAAAAUCGACCAGAAAAGAAGAAGAGGAGCUCAAUAUAAAUUUGGAAGGUCAACUUUAUGGCGCAGGCAUCGCAGAUUGAAGGUAUAUUUUAAUUAUUGAUCUUAAAAUGUUUAACUCGAUUUUUCUCGAAACAACGUUUUUCAAAACGGGCGAACUCCUAGCGCCUACAAAUCUUUAUCGAUUGCUUUGAAUUUUUUACGGUAUCUUCUCA